AUGUUACGGAGAUUCUCGACCACGUUCAAGCGGUCCAAGGACUCCAAUGGCGACGCCGAGCCCUCCAAGAACGGCGACAAGAGCAGUAAGCGCUUCUCCAAGGUCUCGCCGUCGCGCAAGUCCACAUCCAACAAUGAUGAGAGCCAUGCCGUGAGUCGCGCCGAGGUCAUUGCCAUCUUCGAGAAGUAUGCGCAGGCCAUCCAUGCCUCGCGCGAGCCGCUGCCCAACCAGACCGGUGAUGGCGCCUACCUGAAGCAUGACCAGUCAUCGGGUCUGAUUAACGACAUCAAGUCUCUGGGCUUCCGCGAUCUGAGCACGGCCAGGGACUUGAUCAAAAGCAAGGCGUCCGGUGACCUGAUCGACGACAAGACUUACCUCAUGGAGCGCAUUAUCCAGCUGGUUGCCGAUCUGCCGGGCCACUCGAAGAACCGCACCGAGCUCACCAACCAGUUCCUGGAUGAGCUGUGGAACUCGCUGCCGCACCCGCCGCUGUCGUACAUGGGUGACGAGUAUAAGUAUCGCUCUGCCGAUGGCUCAAACAACAACCCUACGCUCCCGUGGCUGGGCGCUGCAAACACCGCAUACUGCCGCACCAUUCCUCCGUUGACUAUCCAGCCCAGCGGCCUGCCCGACGCGGGGCUGGUCUUCGACAGCCUGUACGCGCGCCAGGAGUUCACUCCUCACCCCAACAAGGUGUCCAGUGUUUUCUUCGACUGGGCCUCUUUGAUCAUCCACGACAUCUUCCAGACCGACUACCGGCAACAGCACCUGAACAAGACCUCUGCCUACCUGGACCUUUCCAUUCUGUACGGUGAUGUUCAAGAGCAACAGGAUCUGAUCCGAUCCCACAAGGACGGAAAGCUCAAGCCCGAUACCUUCUCUGAGGGUCGUCUGCAGGCGCUCCCUGCGGCUUGCGGUGUUCUGCUGGUCAUGCUGAACCGUUUCCACAACCAUGUGGUCGAGCAGUUGGCCCUGAUCAAUGAGAACGGCCGCUUCACCAAGCCCCGGGACGGUCUCCCCGAGGAGGAGGCUAAGAAGGCAUGGGCCAAAUACGACGAGGACUUGUUCCAGACAGGGCGACUGAUCACCUGUGGUCUGUACAUCAACAUCACGCUGUAUGAUUACCUGCGCACCAUUGUCAACCUGAACCGCACCAACUCCACCUGGUGCUUGGACCCACGUGCUCAAAUGGAAAAGGCCGGUGCCACUCCCUCUGGUCUUGGUAACCAGUGCUCCGUCGAGUUCAACCUGGCUUACCGCUGGCACUCGACCAUCAGUCAGGGCGAUGAGAAGUGGAUUGAGCAGGUGUACCACGACCUGAUGGGCAAGCCCGCCGAGGAGGUCUCCAUGCACGAGCUGCUGAUGGGCAUGAAGAAGGUCGAUAGUCUGCUCGACCCUGACCCAUCCAAGCGCACCUUCGCCCACCUGAAGCGUCAGGAGGAUGGAACCUUCAAGGAUGAGGAGCUUGUUCAGAUCCUGACGCACGCUUGUGAGGACGUGGCCAGCUCCUUCGGCCCCCGGAACGUGCCCAAGGCUCUGCGUUCGAUUGAGAUUCUUGGUAUUGAGGCCUCGCGUAGAUGGCACGUCGGUUCCCUGAACGAGUUCCGUAAGCACUUCGGCCUGAAGACUUACGACACGUUCGAGGAGAUCAACUCCAACCCCGAGAUCGCCGAGUCUCUUCGUCACCUGUAUGACCACCCGGACUUUGUCGAGCUGUACCCCGGUAUCGUCUCCGAGGAGGCCAAGGAGCCUAUGGUCCCGGGUGUGGGUAUUGCCCCGACCUACACCAUCUCUCGUGCUGUCCUGUCUGAUGCUGUGGCUCUCGUCCGCGGUGACCGUCACUACACCGUCGACUACAACCCUCGUAACCUGACCAACUUCGGUUACAACGAGGCUCGUUACGACCUCAACAUUAACCAGGGCUGUGUCUUCUACAAGCUGGCCACGCGGGCCUUCCCCAACUGGUUCAAGCCUGACUCCAUCUACGCCCACUACCCGAUGACCAUCCCCAGUGAGAACCGUAACAUCAUGAAGAACCUCGGCCGCGAGCAGGACUACUCGUAUGACCGCCCCUCGUACAGCCCACCGCGCAUCAACUUGCUCUCCCACCAGAACACCAAGCUGGUCCUGGAGAGCCAGAAGGACUUCCGCCCCUCGUGGAGCCGCGCGAUGGAAGACCUGUUUGGCAAGGGCGACUACGAUGCCAAGCAGCGCAAGGCCAUUGGCCAGGCUCUGAACACCGAGGAGUUCCCCAAACUGGUCAAGAAGUUCUACGAGGACGUUACCCUGCGCCUGAUCCAGGAGAAGGCUGGCAAUCUGGCUGGUGUCAACCAAGUUGACAUUACUCGCGAUGUCGGCAACUUGGCCCAUGUUCACUUUGCCUCUACGCUCUUCGGCCUCCCGCUGAAGACCAAGGAAAACCAGAACGGCCUCUUCACUGACGACGAGCUGUACAUUAUCCUGGCCACCAUCUUCUCCGCGCUGUUCUUCGACGUCGACGCGCCCAAGUCGUACUCGCUGAACCGGGCCUCGUCCGCCGUCGCGCAGCAGCUCGGCCAUGUGAUCGAGUCGGCCGUCAAGAGCGACAGCGGCAACGGCCUGUUCUCCGGCAUCAUGGACAGCUUCCGGUCGCAAGAAAGCGCUCUGCGCGAGUACGGCACGACGGUGAUCCGCCGCCUGCGCGAGGCCGGCGCCAGCUCCUCGGACAUCACCUGGUCGCAGAUCCUGCCGACCAUCGUCGCGCUGGUCCCUAACCAGGGCCAGGUCUUCACGCAGAUCGUCGAGUACUACACCUCGCCCGAGGGCAAGAAGCACUGGGCCGAGAUCAGUCGCCUAGCCAAGCAGGACUCGAAGGAGUCGGAUGACAAACUGCACCGCUACUCGCUGGAGGCCAUCCGCAUCAACGGCACCUUCGGCUCGUACCGCGAGGCCCAGACCAGCAUCUCCGUCGACGAGAACGGCAACAAGGUUGACAUCAAGCCCGGCGACAAGAUCUUUGCUUCCUUUGUCCAGGCCAACCACGACCCCAGCAUCUACCCCGAGCCCAGCGAGGUGCGCCUCGACCGCCCCAUCGACUCGUACAUCAACCACGGCCAGGGCCCCAACACCGGCUUCGGCCAGGAGAUCACCAAGAUCGCCCUGGUGGCCAUGCUGCGCGUCGUCGGCCGUCUGGAGAACCUGCGCCGCGCCCCCGGUGCCCAAGGCCAGCUGAAGAAGGUUCUCCAGGAGGGCGGCUACUACAUGUACCUGCGCUCGGACGGUACUUCCUACUUCCCCUUCCCGACGUCCCUCAAGCUGCACUGGGACGGUGACUUCCCGCUCAAGAAGGCCACAACCUCCUCGUAA